AUGCCUCAACUACUGAAAAGCAUCAUUGAUAUCAUUGAAGUUUACCAGCAAUAUGUACAAAGUGAUUGUGGUGGAACAGCACUAAGCAAAAAAGCUCUGAAGAAUCUUCUGCAGAAGGAGUUUGGGGAUAUCCUCCGGAGACCACAUGACCCCGAGACUGUGGACCUGGUCCUGCAGCUUCUAGAUCGAGAUUGUAAUGGGUUUGUUGAUUUCAAAGAGUUUCUUUUGCUAUUGUUCAAAAUAGCUCAAGCUUGUUAUUAUGCGCUUAGCCAGGCCACAGGGAACGAAGAGAAAAGAAGAGUUAAGCGAGAGGAAAACCAGAGGAAGCGCGAAGCCCAGGAGAGGCAACUCCAAGAGGAAGAAGAGCUGCAGCGGGCCGAACAACAGGAACGCGAGAGGCAGCGAAGUGAAGGGCGCCAGCAGCGGGAGAGGCCGAGGGCCUCUAAGGAAGAGCAGCUGCAUCAACAAGAACAAGAAAGGCGGCUCCAGAAACUGGAAAGGACACUCCAGGAGCGCGAGCAGCAGGUCCAGGAGCGCAAGAGACAGCGCUUUGAGGACGAGCAACUGCAAAGACCGGGAAAGGAAAAACAGAGAGAGAGGCAGGUUCGAGAAGGUGAGCAGAAAAGGAGACGAGAGCUAGAACAAGAUCUUCGGCGCCGCGAGCAGAGACAGGAGCGCACAGAAGAACGGUACGGAAAACGCGAGCAGGAGAGGCAGCAAAGGGAGAGGCAGAGAGAGCGCCAGGAAGAAAGCAGGCAGGAGCGAGCAGAGCAAAGCUUGGAGGAAGAGCCCCAGCUGAGACGUCAGGAAGAAAGACAGGUCCGCGAGCAGGGUGAGAGCCGCGGCCUCCGGCUGCAAUGGCAACUCGAAAGGGAAGUUCAAGGGCGGCAGAACAAACUCUACUCUGAGCCCCGCAGACAGGAGGAUGGCCAGUUCCUGGAGGAAGAGGCGAGGCGCCGACAGCAGAGAGAGGAGAGAGAGCGGCGUCAGGAGCGAGAAAGGCAGCUGCGCGAGGAAGAAGCACUGCAGCGUCAGGACAGGUUCGGGCAGCUGCGGGAUGGGGACUACGACAGCUUCGAAGAAGAGCAGGAAAGACAGCGGCGUGAAGAGGUGCAGGCUCGCCGCCAACAGAUACGCGACCGGCAGCGCCAAGAGGAGGAGCGGCGCCGCGACUUCAAAAUCCAGUGGCUGCCAGAAGAAGAAGCCGAGAGACGUCGAAAUCGGCUCUACUCCAAGCCCUCUGAGCAGGAACGUCGGGCGCAAAGAGAGAGGCAGCUGAGAGAGGAAGAGGAGCGCGAGAGGAGACCGCUCCAGGAGCAGCGGGGACAGCUGUAUCGCGAAGAAGAGCAGCUCCUGCAAGAGGAAGAGCAGCUCCGACGGCGCCAGGAGCGAGAGGAGAGACAGCGGCGUCAGGAGCGAGGGAGGCAGCUGCGCGAGGAAGAGGCACUGCAGCGUCAGGACAGGUUCGGGCAGCUGCGGGAUGGGGACUACGAAAGCUUCCGGGAAGAGCAGGAAAGUCAGCGGCGUGAAGAGGAGCAGGCUCGCCGGCGACAGAUACGCGACCGGCAGCGCCAAGAAGAGGAGCGGCGCCGCGACCUCAAAGUCCAAUGGCUGCCAGAAAUAGAAGCCGAGAGACGCCGAAGCCGCCUCUAUUCCAAGCCCUCUGAGCAGGAACGUCGGGAGCAAAGAGAGAGGCAGCUUCAGGAGGAGGAAGAGCAGCUCCAGAGCCUGGAACAGGAGGUAGAAAAGAGGCGUGAAGCCUUAGAGAAGAGGAAGCGCCAGGAGCAGCGAGACAGGCAGUACCGGGAGGAAAAGAAGCUCCAAGAGGAGAAAGAGCAGCUCCAGCGCCUGGAACGGGAGGAGAAGAGGCGCCAGGAACAACGGGACAGCCAGUACCGUGAGGAAGAACAGCUCCAGGAAGAGGAAGAACAGCUCCAGCGCCUGGAACAGGAGGUAGAAAAGAGACGUAAGGAGUUAGAGACGAGAAGACGCCAGGACGAGCGAGAUGGACAAUACCGGGAGGAAGAACAGCUCCAGGAGGAAGAAAGGCAACUCCGACGACUGGAACAGGAGAUAGAAAAGAAACGUGAGGAGCUAGAGAAGAGAAGGCGCCAGGAACAGCGAGAUGGACAGUACCGGGAGGAAGAGAAACUCCGGAAGGAGGAAGAACAGCUCCGACGUCUGGAACAGGAGGUAGAAAAGAGACGUGAGGAGUUAGAGAAGAGGAGGCGCCAAGACCAACGAGAUGGACAGUACCGGGAGGAAGAACAGCUCCAGGAGGAGGAAAGGCAACUCCGACGUCUGGAACAGGAGGUAGAAAAGAAACGUGAGGAGCUAGAGAAGAGAAGGCGCCAGGAACAGCGAGAUGGACAGUACCGGGAGGAAGAGCAGCUCCAGCGCUUGGAACGCGAGGAAAAGAGAAGGAGCCAAGAGCAGCGAGACAGACAGAAUAGAGAGGAAGAACAGCUCCAGGAAGAGGAAGAGCAGCUCCAGCGCCUGGAGCAGGAGGUAGAAAAGAGACGUGAGGAAUUAGAGAAGAGAAGGCGCCAGGAGCAGCGGGACGGACAGUACCGGGAGGAAGAACAGCUCCAGGAAGAGGAAGAGCAGCUCCAGCGCCUGGAACAGGAGGUAGAAAAGAGACGUGAGGAAUUAGAGAAGAGAAGGCGUCAGGAGCAGCGGAACAGACAAUACCGGGAGGAAGAACAACUCAAGGAGGAGGAAAAUCAGCUCCGACGUCUGGAACGGGAGGUAGAAAAGAGACGUGAGGGGUUAGAGAAGAAGAGGCGCCAGCUGAAGCGGGACAGAGAGUUCCGGGAGAAAGAACAGCUCCAGGAGGAGGAAGAACAGCUUCAAGAGGAGGAAGAGCAGCUCCAGGAGGAGGAAGAGCAGCUCCAGGAGGAGGAAGAGCAGCUCCAGGGUCUGGAAAGGGAGGUAGAAAAGAGACGAGAGGCAUUAGAAAAAAGGAGACGCCAAGAGGAACGGGGUAGACAGUACCGGGAAGGCCAGAAGAUCCAAGAGGAGGAAGAACAGCUCCAGAGCCUGGAACGGGAAUUAGAAAAGAGACGUGAGGAGCUAGAGAAGAGGAGGCGCCAGGAACAGCGGGACAGACAGUACCGUGAGGAAGAAAAGCUCCAGGAAGAAAAAGAACAAUUCCAGGAGGAGGAGGAGCAGCUCCAACGUCUGGAACAGGAGGUAGAAAAGAGACGUGAGAAGUUAGAGAAGAGAAGGCGCCAAGAGCGGUCGGGCGGACAGUACCGGGAAAGAGAGAAGCUCCAGGAGGAGGAACAGCUCCAAGAAGAGGAAGAGCAACUCCAGCGUCUGGAGCGGGAGGAGAAGAGGAAGCGCCUGGAGCAACGGGACGGACAGUACCGUGAGGAAGAACAGCUCCAAGAGGAGGAAGAGCAGCUCCAGCGUCUGGAGCGGGAGAAGAGGAGGCGCCAGGAGCAGCGGGACAGACAAUACCGAGAGGAAGAACAGCUCCAAGAAGAAGAAGAGCAGCUCCAACGCCUGGAACAGGAGGUGGAAAAGAGACGUGCGGCGUUAGAGAAGAGGAGACGCCAGGAAAAGCGGGACAGACAGUACCGGGAAGAAGAACAGCUCCAGGCGGAGGAAGAGAAGAGACAAGAAGAACGAGAGGAGAAAAGGCCGCGCCUGCAGCAGCGAGACCGGCAAUACGGGGAGGAGGAGGAGGAGCUCGGAUUUCAAGAGAGAGAAGAACAAUAUCCUGAGAGCGAGGAAUUCCAAGAACAGGAGAGUGACCUGCCAUUCCGUGAGGAAGCCCAGAGCCGGCGUCUGAAAUGGCAGUGGCAACCCCAGAAGGAAAAUGAAGCACGUAACCGAAGGCUUUACUCCAAACGUAGGGAGGAUGAACAGAGAGAUUGGGAGCAAGACGAUUCUCAAGUCCGAGACUGGCCAGCAGAUGAUGAUGACGAGUAUGGUCGUGGAGACCUGGACAGACCGUUCCGGUACGAGAAAUCUCGGCGGGGACAGGACAGGCAAUUCUAUCAGGACGACCAGGAAGAACGGAGAUCCAGGCGGGAACGAGAGGCGGAGAAGCAACGUCUCCAAGAAAGGGAUGAGCUGUCCCGGGAAGAAGAACAGAGGCUCCGACGGGAAAGGAGACGCCUCCAGGAACAAGAUGGGAAAUUCUUGGAGGAAGAGCAGUUGUCCCGAGAGGAACAAGAGGAAUAUGAAGAAAAGAAAAGAUUUCGUCAGAGCAGAGACAGGAAGUUCCGUGAGGAGCAGGAAUUUCGCAGACAAGACCAAGAGAGAAGGAAAAGACUCACCCAGGCCCGAGACAGGCAACUCCAGGAGGAGGAAGAGCUCUACCCUGAGGAACGAGACAGACAAUACCGUAAGGAACGGGGCUCCCAGGAGGCCCGGGACAGGCAGUUCCAAGAGGAGGAGAGCGUACUCCGGCAGCAAAGAGAGGAACGAAGACGCAGACAGGAACAGUUCUUCGGGAAGGAGCGAGAGCAAGCACUAAGACGGCAGCAAGAACAAGACAGAACAUUUCGUGAGGAAGAGCAGCUCCGUCGCCAGGAACGAGAACAAGAGCUGAGACGCCGACAAGAACGAGAUAGGGCAUUCCCCAGAGAAGAGCAGCUGAGAGACGAAGAACUAGAGCAAGAACAGAGACGCAGGCAGGAACGAGACAGCAAAUUCCGAGAGCAAGAGCAAAGUCUCCAGCAAGCGGUAGAAGAAGAAAGGAGACAACGUCUAGAACAAGACAGGAAGUUCCGUGAGGAAGAACAGCUUUACAGAGAGGAGCAGGAACAAAGACGUCGCCAGGAGCCGUCCAGGAGAUCCCGUGAGGAAGAACAGCUCCGCAGACAAGAGCUAGAGCAGGAGCAGAGACGGCAGGAGCAGAGACGCCAGGAGCCCGCCAGGAGAUCCCGUGAGGAAGAACAGCUCCGCAGACAAGAGCUAGAGCAGGAACGGGAGCAGAGGCGCCAGGAGCAGAGGCGGCAGGAGCCCGCCAGGAGAUUCCGUGAGGAAGAACAGCUCCGCAGACAAGAGCUAGAGCAGGAACGGGAGCAGAGGCGCCAGGAGCCCGCCAGGAGAUUCCGUGAGGAAGAACAGCUCCGCAGACAAGAGCUAGAGCAGGAACGGGAGCAGAGGCGGCAGGAGCCCGCCAGGAGAUUCCGUGAGGAAGAACAGCUCCGCAGACAAGAGCUAGAGCAGGAACGGGAGCAGAGGCGCCAGGAGCCGGCCAGGAGAUUCCGUGAGGAAGAACAGCUCCGCAGACAAGAGCUAGAGCAGGAACGGGAGCAGAGGCGCCAGGAGCCGGCCAGGAGAUUCCGUGAGGAAGAACAGCUCCGCAGACAAGAGCUAGAGCAGGAACGGGAGCAGAGGCGCCAGGAGCCGGCCAGGAGAUUCCGUGAGGAAGAACAGCUCCGCAGACAAGAGCUAGAGCAGGAACGGGAGCAGAGGCGCCAGGAGCCCGCCAGGAGAUUCCGUGAGGAAGAACAGCUCCGCAGACAAGAGCUAGAGCAAGAACGGGAGCAGAGGCGCCAGGAGCCGGCCAGGAGAUUCCGUGAGGAAGAACAGCUCCGCAGACAAGAGCUAGAGCAGGAACGGGAGCAGAGGCGGCAGGAGCCCGCCAGGAGAUUCCGUGAGGAAGAACAGCUCCGCAGACAAGAGCUAGAGCAGGAACGGGAGCAGAGGCGCCAGGAGCCGGCCAGGAGAUUCCGUGAGGAAGAACAGCUCCGCAGACAAGAGCUAGAGCAGGAACGGGAGCAGAGGCGCCAGGAGCCCGCCAGGAGAUUCCGUGAGGAAGAACAGCUCCGCAGACAAGAGCUAGAGCAGGAACGGGAGCAGAGGCGCCAGGAGCCGGCCAGGAGAUUCCGUGAGGAAGAACAGCUCCGCAGACAAGAGCUAGAGCAGGAACGGGAGCAGAGGCGCCAGGAGCCCGCCAGGAGAUUCCGUGAGGAAGAACAGCUCCGCAGACAAGAGCUAGAGCAGGAACAGGAGCAGAGGCGCCAGGAGCGAGAGAAGAGAGUCCGCGACGAGCAGCUGCGCAGACAGGAGCGAGAAGGGCAGCGGUACAGUCAAGAGUUCGACGCGCAAACGCGGGGCCAGCUCCGAGAAAGGCAGUCUAGGGAAGAAGACAAGAAUCGUAGGCAGUUGCAGGAUUUUAGCUCCCGUCAAAUUUCUAAACCAAUUGUACGUUCCAGCCCACUGUAUGAAUAUAUUCAAGAACAAAGGUCCCAAUAUCGUCCAUAGGAGAAGUUGUCAAAGUCUGAUCACUUACCAAAGUUUAGACAACAGGAAAUGGAAAACACCGCGUACCAAGUGAUUGAUCAAGCACAAGUUCUUUUUGGUUAUGGGAAAACUUUUUCUGUCCAAAUAACUGGGGGCGGGGAGAAUUCUGCCCCCCCCCCAAAAAAAAGUUUAAUCUAACUUUCUUUCUUCAGUUUUUCUUGUAGUUCUUUACUACAGAAUGUCUUCAGUCUUUGAUGCAGAUGUGGUGUUCAUUAAGAAAUAACAUUAAGGAACUUGAGGGGGGGGUCUGCAUUCGAUUGUUCAUCCGGUCGUCAGAGUUAACACAAGAAUCAAGAUCUGCGGGUCUUCCUUGAAUGGGACAAUUAGGCUUGAAGCUAUGUCAAUUUCUAAAGCAUGGGCAAAUUAAGAUUUCUCUGAAAACAAAAUUCAGUUUUCCUUCAAUCCAGAUUACAUCUUUAGUGGAAGUCACUCCCUCCCCCCCCCCCUUGUAGCCUUAAGGCUUCAUUUUUUGCCAUUUUAGGCAGUUCACUCGUGAAGGCAGUCCAUAAUUGGAAUAAAUGUUUAAAUUUUGAGAUCUAAUCAUUUAAAAAUUAAGAAGACUUGGAUUCAGGACUGUUUCUCAAAAUAAAUAAAUAGCCUGGAGACUACAAACAAGAUCAUGAAGCAAAAUCAAAGUGUUUCUUAAAAAGCUCCACAACUCAAAUUUCAAAUAAAUAUAUAAGUAGAUGUCUAGUAUAGUCUGUAGUACUUUAGUUCUUUCCCCUAGUCCUUGAGAGGGUUGUAGAUCUUUGCACCUCUGUGAAUUUCAGCUGGUCAUAAAACCAACUCAGAGAAUUCUGAAGAUCUGCCUUAGUGAUUGGUACCUGGAACCAGAGUUAAUUAGGAGGAAGGGACAAUGUAUAAUAGAAAAUGUGUGGAGGAUUGCACAGGUACCCUUAGACCCUAGGACAAGACUCAUCAACCCAUAACCCUUUGAGGCUCAUUGAUACUAUCUUGGGGACAUUCUUGUUGAAAUAAUUGGACUAUGGAAAUCAAUUAAUAAAUGUUUGGCAAUUA